AUGCAUCUUCAAACACCGAUGAGACUAACUACGCUUGUUUGGGUGCUUUCUGUACUGAAUACAGGAUGGAGCAUUCUUACAUACACUUCAGAUAAUGACAAGGUUUGCAAGACCGGGGAAUGUAGGAAGAUGGCAAAACAAAUUAUUGACGCCAUCGACACCAAGGCGGAUCCUUGCGUCGACUUCUUUGCAUAUGCAUGCGGGAAGUGGAAGAAAGAUACACAAAUUCCGAGAGACAUUUCUGCAGUUAACCGAUUCACAGAAGCAGCGAACAGAAGAGACCAGAAUAUGAGACAAUUACUAAAUCGACUGACUUAUCAUAAGGGAGACCAGUCCAUUGAUCAGAAACUGGGCAUUUUAUUCAGAAAGUGCACGGGGCGUUAUUCGCGGACGAAUGAAAACAACGAAAUCAAGCGGCUAUUGAAGGAAAAGUUCGGUAAAUGGCCGAAGAAGGUUCAACAUAAAUCCAAAACUGUUGAAUCUACAAAGCUGCUAAAGGAAGUCGGUUUCCUUGGUCUUCUUGGAAUUACUGUAGAUAUCAAUGUAAAUGAUAACAGUAAAUACGCUAUUGUCAUGAGGGAACCGGUGACUGAUCCGCUAAGUGGGCAAGCUUUCCAGGCAUUAACUAGAGUGCAAAAAAUUGUCUACAAGGAGUAUAUUGAGCGAAUGAUAACUACAAUUGACCCGAGAUUCACAGAGGCACAAAACGUCGCCAGUUCUAUUUUUGACUUGGAGGAUGAACUUUCAUUUAGAGCAAGUGUACAGCGGGAGUCAAUGAUAAAGACUACACUUGGUACCAUUGAUAGAGACAUGAGGUCGAAGAUGAUAAACUACAAAGAGUUGAUUAAAAAGGUAUAUUCUACACUGAAGAAAAAAGUUCCAUUAACGGAUUCACAAGUAAUUAUUGUAGCGAGCCCUGCCUACUACGCCAAGGUCGAAAGCGCUCUUACUGACAUCCAGCAGGAUGAGCUCUAUAACUUUCUUGGGUAUAAAUACCUAUCUCAGCUCAUUAAGUACUCAAAAUCAGAUUUGUUUUUCCUAUACACACAUUUCUUGAAAACCGUCAAUCCUACUUUCAAUGAACCACAAGAGCCGGAUUUUACGAGCAUCUGCAUAAGCGACCUCAUGGUUACUAUGAAGCACGCUUUCGGUCACCUGUAUGUUAAGACAUAUUUUAGCGACCAACGUAUUCGGAACGAGGUAAGGGAAAUUACCAACAAAGUGAAAGAAGCCUUGAAGACAUUGGUUGACAAGACUUGGCUACAGGCUUCGACUAGAAAAGCUGCACAGGAUAAGGUUGACCAAAUGGGAAUUUCCGUAGGAUAUUCCGACUGGGUUUUGCAGACUUCUCAAAUUCAUGAAUUGUUUAAAUAUGUUCCUAAGUUGGAUGAGAAGAAGUCGCUUUAUGUUACAAUGGUGAAGUCUGUACUAGAGAAUAAUUUGCACGUUAAUCUGGAAAAACUACAUACACCAGUAGACAAGACUAAAGAAUGGUCAAGAGAUGCAGCUGAAGUGAAUGGAGAGUACAAGCCCGUAACAAACUCUUUCAUACUAUGUGCCGGAGUGCUACAGGAGCCCCUCUACGCAUACCAACUUCCAGUUGCUGCCAGCCUGGGAAGUUCAGGUUUUUUUGGAGGCCACGAGCUCACACAUGGCUUUGACAGUAAAGGCAGGGACUUUGAUGCCACUGGAAAAAUGUCAAAAUGGUGGACUCCAAAGGAUAUAGCUGAAUUUACAAGGAAAGCCCAGUGCUUUGUGAACCAAUAUUCACAAAUAUAUGAUGAAGAAGCCGAGGAACAUCUCAGUGGAACAAGAACUGAGGUGGAGAAUAUUGCUGACAAUGGCGCGAUCAGUGCUAUUCUAUUGGCUCUCAGCAGUGUAUUAAAAACUACGCCUCAAGCGGACGUUAAACUCCCAGGACUUGAGAAGCGUUCCCCACAGGAGCUGUUAUUUCUUGCAUAUGCAAAUACAAUGUGCAACAAAAUGACAAAGGCAGCACGAAUAUAUCACAUUGGACAAAAUGCACACAGCCUACCAAUGCACAGAGUGAACGUGCCACUGCAAAAUCACAAAGAGUUCGCGGACGCAUUCAACUGCACUUCGUCGAAAAAGAUGAAUCCACGUGAUCGAUGCACACUAUGGUAA